GCCUUUUCCUUUUUUUGUUAAACGUUUGGAGGAGGGAAGUGGGGGUCGGAGAAGAGCCGCCCACAGAGGGGACAAGGGGGACCAGGGCUCCCCGGCACCGGGUCCAGGAUGGACGUGGCGGACCCGCAGCAGCUGGGCAUGUUCACGGAGGGCGAGCUGAUGUCCGUGGGCAUGGACACCUUCAUCCACCGCAUCGACUCCACGGAGGUCAUCUACCAGCCCCGCCGCAAGCGGGCCAAACUCAUCGGCAAGUACCUGAUGGGGGACUUGCUGGGGGAGGGCUCCUACGGCAAGGUGAAGGAGGUGCUGGACUCGGAGACGCUGUGCCGGAGGGCCGUCAAGAUCCUCAAGAAGAAGAAGUUGCGGCGGAUCCCCAACGGGGAGGCCAACGUGAAGAAGGAGAUCCAGCUCCUGAGGCGUCUGCGGCACAGAAACGUCAUCCAGCUGGUAGACGUGCUGUACAACGAGGAGAAGCAAAAGAUGUAUAUGGUGAUGGAGUACUGCGUGUGUGGCAUGCAGGAGAUGCUGGACAGUGUGCCCGAGAAGCGCUUCCCUGUGUGCCAAGCCCACGGGUACUUCUGCCAGCUCAUCGACGGACUGGAGUACCUGCACAGCCAGGGUAUCGUGCACAAGGACAUCAAACCCGGUAAUCUGCUGCUCACCACCAGUGGCACACUCAAGAUCUCUGACCUGGGUGUCGCGGAGGCCCUGCACCCUUUUGCUGCGGAUGACACUUGCCGGACAAGCCAGGGCUCCCCAGCAUUCCAGCCACCUGAAAUUGCCAAUGGCCUGGACACCUUCUCUGGCUUCAAGGUGGACAUCUGGUCAGCUGGAGUCACACUCUACAACAUCACAACGGGCCUGUACCCAUUUGAAGGGGACAACAUCUACAAGCUGUUCGAGAACAUUGGGAAGGGGGACUACACGAUCCCGGGUGACUGUGGCCCCCCGCUCUCUGACCUGCUCAAAGGGAUGCUGGAGUACGAGCCCACCAAGAGGUUCUCCAUACGGCAGAUCCGGCAGCACAGCUGGUUCCGGAAGAAGCAUCCACUGGCAGAGGCCUUGGUGCCCAUCCCGCCCAGCCCAGACACCAAGGACCGCUGGCGCAGCAUGACAGUCGUGCCCUACCUGGAGGACCUACAUGGCCGCACUGAUGAGGAUGAGGAUGAGGACCUCUUUGACAUUGAGGAUGGCAUCAUCUACACCCAGGACUUCACCGUGCCUGGUGACGAGGAGGCGUCUGAGGCAGGGCUUAGCGAGGAGAGAGGCGUGCAGAAGAGCCAGGGUCCCAGAAGAGGAGGCCAGUCAGAAUGGACAGAGCCACAGCUUGCCCAAGGCUGUGUGCAUGAACGGCACAGAGUCCGCGCAGCUGAGCUCCAAGACCAAGGUGGAGUGCCGGGCCAGUGCCACCAACCCUGCCCGCAAAGCCUGCUCCAGCAGCAAGAUCCGCCGACUCUCAGCCUGCAAGCAGCAGUGAGGGCCCAGCCUGCAGGUGGUACGCGCCCAACCAGCUGGUGGGGGGAUGGCAACCACAGCCAGGGCCGUUCUGGCACUCAGCCUGUCGGUGCAGUCCCCAGCAGUCCUGGGCUCUUGAGUCCCAGGGCCUAGAAGUGGUUGUUAGGUGAGACAGGAGACCUGGGCAGUGGCCUCUGAGCUGACAUGUACUCAGUUUCCAUCAGGGCAGGUUGGUGUCAGUGCCUGACUCCCAGUCCACUCAGCUCACGGCCCUGAGCUUUAACAACCCCCAUCUCUGUUGGUCCUGCUGGUCACUGCAGCCUGUGCAGCUAUGGGGCCGGGCUCAGCAGCUCAUGGCCUGUCUUUGCAGGGCCGGGGAUGUAGUAGAGGCCAUUUUCUGAAGGGUGCUGUCCUGCCACACCAGCACCUGUGGUCUUUACUGGGCCAAAUUCCCUUCCCACUCAGGGCUCAACUGGAGCCACUGGCUCUGUGUGCUCAGGCCACUCCCAAGAGAGAGGCUCUUGAGGUGGCUGUGUGGGUGGCAGAGGGGACCAACCCUGCCUGGCUGCUUGUGCUCUGAGCGUCCUGAGGGGCUGAGUCAUCCUAGAUGCUGCUGGACUCCCAGGGCACCUCCUCCAGUUCUGCCUGCCCCACCCCACCCAGGGUCCAGAGCCAGCCUGCAGGGUGGGAAGUUGCUUUUGGGGAAGGGCCAGGCCUGCUGUCAAUUUACUCUGGGGAAUGACUCUCAGGGUAGGCUCCCUGGGCCAGGGCCCAGGAACCUGGCAGCCCCCAUCCAUGGGCUUGUUUCCCCAUCUUUGCAGUGGGCCAUUAGUGCAGGCUGCCCCUCAGGAAGCAAAGAGGUCCAGGUGCCCAGAGUGACCUGCCUCUGUCCUCCCGCAGCCUGUUUCCAGGAGCCCUGGCCAGGUGCCAUGGCCCAGGCCCUCCUCAGUCUUCCUGUCAGCUCUUGGUCCACUGCCUGCCCAGGAAGGUGGCCGCCAUGCCUCUGUGCUGACUGCUCAGGACGUCAGGCGCACAAGGGCCAGG